GGGGGUGGAUUCCCACAAUCCUUCGCGCUCCUACCAGAGGGCACGACAGCCGCCAUAUUGUGGCGACAACUCGGAACCGGUGAAGGAAUAAAUAUCCUUCGGAGGAAAGCAGGAGAGCGCAGUGAGGGGGAUAAGUGGUGGCGGCUCGGAUUCGCACGCAAAAAGGAGGCUGUCUAAAAGAAGGUACGGUCCCAGGAGUCCCACACCGACCGGGCACCAUCAUCAUGAGCGGCGGGACUCCGUACAUCGGCAGCAAGAUCAGCCUGAUCUCCAAGGCCGAGAUCCGCUAUGAGGGCAUUUUGUACACCAUCGACACCGAGAACUCCACCGUGGCGCUGGCCAAAGUGCGUUCCUUUGGAACAGAAGAUCGCCCUACUGAAAGACCCAUCCCUCCUCGAGAUGAAGUAUUUGAGUACAUCAUCUUCCGAGGCAGUGAUAUCAAAGACCUCACGGUUUGUGAGCCUCCUAAGCCCAGUUGUUCCCUUCCUCAGGACCCUGCUAUUGUCCAGUCAUCUCUGGGGUCCACCCCUCCUGCUACAUCAUUCCAGUCUGUCGGCUCCUAUAGGCCAUUCAGCCAGACUCCUGCAUCCAGCUACAGCCAGUUCACCCCCAGCCCUUUGGUGUCCCAGCAGUUUGGUGUUGGAAGUUCAGUGCCCUCCUUUGGCAGUGACACAGGCGCAAGCACGAGUGCAUCGCUGUCUACGUUCCCCCCUGACACUCGCUCGUUGACAACACGCCUAACAGAAGGUCAUUCCAGCCCUAAGCUGGAUCCCAUGAGGAAAAGCCCAACUCUGGAGCAGGCAGUACAGACGCCUUCUGCAGUUACCAAAGCUCCUCUUCCACCCCCCGGACGACGAAGUCCAGCUCUGAUUCGCCCUGCUGCCACCAGUAUUCAGAAGCCCUCAGAGGGCCAAGAGCAGAAGAGAGGUGCCAAUGCCCAAAAGGCCCUGCAAGCAGACUCUGAUCAAGGCAGGAACGAAAGCAAGGAUGCCAGUAAAAAACAAACAGCAGGCUCAUCCCAAGCCCGGCGCGGCCGUGGUGGAGGCGGGGGCCACCGUGGAAGGGGCCGCUUCGGCAUGCGCAGGGAUGGUCCUGUGAAGUUUGAGAAGGACUUUGACUUUGAGAGCGCUAAUGCUCAGUUCAACAAGGAGGAAAUUGACCGAGAGUUCCAUAAUAAACUCAAGCUGAAAGAGGACCGACCAGAGAAAACAGUCAACGGCGAGGACAAGGGAGACUCUGGUGUGGACACGCAGAACAGUGAAGAGAAUGCUGGUGAAGAUGACCCCCUGGGCCCCAACUGCUACUACGACAAGUCAAAGUCAUUCUUUGACAACAUCUCAUGUGAUGAUACCAGGAAAGCAGGAGACAAGUCAGUGUUCCCAAGAGAGCGGAGGCAGACUUGGGCUGAAGAGCGGCGUAUGAACGCUGAGACGUUCGGCAUCCCUCUCCGCCACACCCGUGGUCGUGGUGGUUUCCGUGGCCGGGGCAGUCGUGGUCGAGGUGCUGGUCGAGGGUCCUUUGGGGCCCCCCGUGGAGGCGGUACAGCCAGCACAAGUGGUGGCGCAGGUGGCGAGAGCAGUGGAUUCAGGGGCGGAUUCAGAGGCGGACGUGUCGGCAGGGAGUUCUCCGAUUUUGAAUAUGGGAAAGACAAAGUGGCAACAUAGUACCCCAGAAGGAGGCAUCAAGGAAGGAAAUGUAGUGCUUCAAUGGUCUAGAUCUUUUUCAACAGAAGAAAUAUACUUGCUGUAUACCUGUCACCAGCACUGGGGUAGACUGCUUGACUUCAGAGGGUGUAACUUCAGUUUUUUUUUUUUUUUUUUUUUUCCCUCCCUCCUUUUUCCUUCCCCACCCAUUUUAAAACAGAAAAUGUAUUGAUGUUUCAGUUCUGGUUAAAAUAUUACAAUAACUUGUUUAAAUACCAUACUUCAGUAUUUUUUUGCAUUGAUAGGUUUCUUUUCUAAAGUUGUAUUUGAUAAAGUUCCGUUAGAUGUACAAUAUGUACGCAGAAGCCCGCAGAUACUGUGAGUACUUAUCACUGAAAUAGCUUUAUUUUUUGGAUAUAUCCUGUAAUGUACCUUGACAGCAAAAUUGUGUAUAUAGUCAGUUGUUUCACAGUUACAGCUUUUUACCUUUUUAUGUGUGUGGGUUUUUUUUUUUUUCUUUCUUUUCUACUUCCCAUAUCCUAAUGGCUUGUUGUCCCACCUUUGUACUGCCUGCUGUAUUUUGCAGCUUAUCCUUGUAAAAGUGUUAAACUUCUCAACUGACAAAUUGUUCUUUCGGUCAUUGUAACAGCAAGAUUCCACAGUAAUUUGUUGAUGUUACAGCCAGGUACAUGUUGGCAUUUCUUAUCCAGCUUAAGGUAUGUUCCAGGCAAGUAGCUUCUUAUGCCUACAAGGGGGCCUGUUUACAUGGGGGAAGGGGUAUGAAAAGUAGGGCAAAACCUCCCUAAAGCCUCUGGAGGGUGUGUUGACCUGAGAGAGAAUUUUAAUUUCCCCCUCAAAAUACAAAUUGAAUGUAUUAACUGUCAUCAGUGAAGUUACUAACUUCUGUCUCAAGUGAUCAUGGUGUAGUGUAGUAUGUUUUGGGGAGCAGUUGUUUACUUGGUUGCUCAUUGACAUGGGUAAUGAAGACUGCUGCUACAUGUACUGCAGGUUUUAGUAAGCAAGCGAACUUUACGAAUUUAGUGGUGGUAAUUGUUGCCUCUGGUAGACUAAUGACUGAAUUUGGUUUGUCCGUACCUCAACGUGAUGAAAACGUGCAUGGCAUACUGUGACUUGUUGGUCAGAGAACUGGAAGUAAAUUGGAACUUCAGUCUAUUCGUUACCUCUAAAGGGUUUCUGUUUAAAUGCAAUGUGGAGUUAUAUUUUAAGGUAUCCAGAGGUUUUUGUUCAUACUGAUUUCACAGUGGCUUUAACCUUUGUAUGAUCAGGAUUUUGGGAGUUCAGUACUGCAUUGGAUCUUUGCUUUCACACUUUGCAUUGGCUUCAGGUGACAAGCCAAUAUUUGUCACAUUUCAAAGGGACAUUAUGUCCCCUCCCUGCCAAUUACAAACAUGAAGGCUCUAAACACUGAAGAAGGAAUUGCUCCAGCCCAGUAUAACUGAGUUAUAACUAGACUGGCACCUGGAUGUCAAAGAAUAAAUAGUACAGUAUUUGUUGCAGUUUGUGUAAUGUAAUGAUUGUAUGUCUUCAAAGAAUUUGGGGGGGGGGGGGGGGUCUCUGGUUUUGUGGAAGACAGAUGUGAAAUGGUUGAGGUCACUGGCUAUUAAUUUACCAAAACUUUUGUAUAAAGACAGAAAACUGUACCCCCCCCCCCACCAAUUUUAAA